AUGAAGCUGGUGGAUUUUGGCUUCCUUUCUCUUGUUGCUUCCGCUUUCCCCGAGGUCUGGGGAACCGGCGGUGCGGUUCCCGCGGUUCCAGAAGCUCCUGGCCGACGGUCUCCUGUCGAUUGUCGGAUCUCUGACCAAAAUGAAGUAGAACAGUUCAGGAAAAAAAUCAACUGCUGCUCUGCAGGAUUCACGGUCUUUGUAAGUGUGGUGAGGAUUGAGCACACUGGAGCUUGGGAAAGCAAACAAGUGGAGCCAGCACCACAGAGCCUGUGCUGUCCCUACUUCUUCCGACCCAUGUUUCAUUCUCUGUGUGAUCGAGAAAAUGUGCUCCACGAGAGCUCAGGGCACAGCCUCUGCCUGGCUCCCAGAGCCCUCACAGAUGGCAGUGGUCCUGUCUGUUGGGUUCCCUCCCUCCUCCACACCCUUACUGCCCACUGCACAGCCCCCACCAACAGCUCUGCAUGGUUCAACACCUGCUACAAGGCAGCCAUAGGGCCUCUGCUGACAGGUGCACACCAUGAGCUCUCCUCAGAUGAAGUUCAGUGGUGGCUGACCCUGCAAGGUCCCCUGAGUGGUAUCCAGCUCCAGGCCAUAUUUCAGCAGCUCUUCAAGGUCCUCUGGGCCCUCACAGCUGAUGUGUGGGACCCAUCUCAUUGCAGGACGUGUGCAGUGGUGGGAAACUUGGAGCAGCUGAGUCAGAAAAAACAGAAAGAGUCCAGUCAUGGGCUGCUAAUUGACGCUCAUGACUGGGUGCUGAGGGUGAACAGAGCAAAGAUCACUGGCUUUGAGCUGGAUGUUGGAAUAAGAACAACACAUCUCUUCAUGUGUAGCAUAUUGGUAAAGCCUUAUAGAAUAAGAGCCUUGUUAUGUACCCAGAAGAGUGCAGUGAACCUAAGGCACAAUGUUCACCUUGUCCUUGUCCCCUUCAAACCUCUGGAGCUGCAGUGGGUUACCAGUGUCUUCUCCACAGGAGAACUCACACGGUCACACGUGAGAGUUAAACAGUUCAUCAAAGAACAAGCUAAUCAGGUGUUGAUCCUGGGCCCAGCUUUCCUCAAGUACAUCCAUGACAACUGGACACAGCAUCACGUGUGAUACCCCUCCACUGGCUUCACAGCCCUGCUCUUUGCCUUGCACACCUGCCAUCAGGUCUCCGUGUUUGGCUUUGGAGCAGACAGUGAAGGGAACUGGCCCCACUACUGGGAAAAAAACCACCGGUCUGGAGCCUUCCGCAGGACGAGAGCCCUGUGGCUUCAUGACGUUGAAUUCAGCCCCAUUGAGCAACGGGUACAUAUAGGAAGGAUUGUAUUCUACAAGUGAUGCAUUUCCAAGAAACUAGAGCCAGGCUGUUUGGCCAGGAAUGGGCCGAAGAACACUGCCAGCAGCUGUCCUGGCUCUUUAGCUUGCUGCUCCACCUCACCACCUGGGCUCACAGACCCUGCAAUUUGCAGGGUUUUGGUACUGCUUGUGCUGGUCCUACCAGCUGGGUACUGUGGGUGCCAUUCUCCCAUGGCAGUAGCAAUGAUGUGUUCAGCUGGACAUAGGGUGGGCACAGUUCUGCCCAAGCUGGUUGGGAGGGACAAAGAGGAGAUGCUGGGGCUGGAAGUGAGCAUGGAGCCUGUGUGUGGCCCUGCAGGGCUGUGAAGCCAGUGGUGGACAGCAGCUGCUCAAAUGUGGCUGUCCACAUGACAGAGUGGGUAUUUUCAACCACAGAUGGCUUUCGGGGGAGGUUUGUAGUUGCUCUUAGGAAAGGAAGAUGCCCUCCUCAUCCUGCCCAGUCUUUUACUAAGACUUUUAUUUUUACAGUCCUUAACUAAGGGAAUAUUUUUUAAAUUGUAUCAAGAAAAAGAAGGGACAAAUCAAACAUGGUGACAGAAGACAACAGAAUCAAACACAUUUGAA